GCGGCCGACUGGGCGCGCGGCGGGACCUGUGUUCAGGGGACUGGACCUGAGGCGGAGCCUGACGACCAUGGAGGCGGCAGACGCAGCCGCAGGCGGCGAGGCGGGCGGCGCCGACAACGCCCGGGACGGCCAGGGGGGCCAGGAGGGCCAGGAGGGCCAGGGAGGCGGCCGAGGCCGCCGCGGGCACGGUCAUGGCCUCGGAGGCGCGGACGCGGAGGCCGCGGUCGCCGGCGAGGCUCCGCGUGUCCCGCGACCACGGCACGCCCCGGGGCCAGGCGGAGAUGCCCUCUCCGCGGCCGGAAGGCCGGAAACCCGAACACACAUAUUCGCCCUCGGCGUGCCUUUCCCGUCCCAGUUGGAGGCGGAGAUCGCCUGUGCGUCUUUCGCCCCAUAUCGGGAACCGUAUGGAUGCCUUGUGGAGCAGCAGCUCACGGUGUUCGGCAGCGUCCUGGCCAUCCGCUGGAGAGCUGAAAACCCUUUCCUCCUCCGAAUUUCCAUCAUCAACUUUCUUGACCAGCUUUCCCUGGUGAUUCGGACCAUGCAGCGCUUCCGGUUCCCGGUUCCUGCUAAGCCUGCGCUGGCGAAAGGGGGCUAAGGUCUAGCCUCGUGUCCCCCGUCUGGCGUCUGGGCGGUCCGUCCUUCCCAGGGCAGUGAUUCCUGCACUAGCUGCCACCUGAGGUUGGGGGCCUGCCUGGUCUUCCGAGGGCAAUGAGGGCCCUUGGGCCCUCAUGGUCCUCUUGUUUUGUUUGCCAUUUAAAUGUUUGCUACUGCAGAAAAUAAAACUGAGCUUUGCUAUUCCGUGUUCCUUCUCAGUUGUGGCACCCCCGGAUAGUCUUCCCUUUGUCCUCAGGUGGGGGGGGGGGGCGGGGCGGCUUCUGGGAUGUCGACGUGCAAGUCGCCGAAGGUGAUAGAAGGCAGUCUGGGGACUGGCAGAACCCACGUGCGUCCUGUCCUUCGGUAUCAAGGACUCUCAACAUGUGGGAAUAUGCCCAUCGUUUGCACGUUUCGCAUUACUCCUGGUGUCUUUCAUCUAAUGUGAACUUUUUAUCCAAACU